AGCCACAGCUGCCUGGGAUGCCAGGUCUAGUCCAGCACAGCCAUAGGGGACUGGUUAAAGAGUUCAGAGAAAACCCUAUCCUGGAACACAGUGCAGCAGAAAGAAAAAAGCAAGGAAGGUCUCCACGCAUUGAUGUGAAGGGUCUUCAAGAUAUUUGUCAAAAACUGCAGAGAAACAUCUUGAUCUCGCCUGACAAUGGAAAUGAAGAAGUCACCUGAUGGCGGAUGGGGCUGGGUGAUCGUGCUGGUCUCCUUCUUCACUCAGUUUCUGUGCUACGGGUCCCCAGUGGCGGUUGGGGUCUUAUACAUAGAAUGGCUGGAUGUCUUUGGUGAAGGGAAAGGAAAAACGGCCUGGGUCGGGUCCCUCGCAAGUGGAGUGGGCUUGCUUGCAAGUCCUAUCUGCAGCCUCUGUGUCUCAUCUUUUGGGGCAAGACCCGUGACGAUCUUCAGUGGCUUCAUGGUGGCCGGAGGCCUAAUGUUGAGUGGCUUUGCCCCUAAUAUCUACUUUCUGUUUUUUUCCUAUGGCAUUGUUGUAGGUCUCGGAUGUGGUUUAUUAUACACUGCAACAGUAACCAUUACGUGCCAGUAUUUUGACAGCCGCCGAGGCCUUGCACUUGGCCUGAUUUCAACAGGUUCAAGCGUUGGACUUUUUAUAUACGCUGCCCUGCAGAGGCUGCUGAUCGAGUACUAUGGGCUGGACGGGUGCCUGCUGAUCGUGGGCGCUUUAGCCUUAAAUAUACUGGCCUGUGGCAGCCUAAUGAGACCCCUCCAGGCCUCUGAUGGCCCUUUGCCUGAAAAAGCAGCUCUGGAAAAUGUACCACAUAGAUACUCCAUUUACAAUGAAAAAGAAAAGAGCCUGGAAGAAAACAUAAACAUUCUGGAAAAGAGCUACGGCAGCGAGGAGACCUACAAGAGCGCGUCAGCCAGCGGGGACUGGAAACGGGAGAGCCUGCCUCGCAAAGCCCCAGCGCCCGCGGCGCACGCCAAGGAGGCCGAAACGUACAAAAAGAAAGUUGCAGAACAGACAUAUUUUUGCAAACAGCUUGCCAAGAGGAAGUGGCAGUUAUAUAGAAACUACUGUGGAGAAACUGCGGCUCUGUUCAGAAACAAAGUCUUCUCCGCUCUCUUCAUCGCUAUCUUCCUUUUUGACGUCGGAGGGUUUCCACCUUCGUUGCUUAUGGAAGACGUGGCGAGAAGCUCGAGCGUGAAGGAGGAAGAGUUCGUGAUGCCUCUGAUUUCCAUUAUCGGCAUUAUGACCGCAGUUGGUAAACUCCUCCUGGGGAUACUGGCUGACUUCAAGUGGAUUAACACCUUGUACCUUUACAUCGCUACCUUGAUUCUCAUGGGCCUGGCCUUGUGUGCAAUUCCGUUUGCCAAAAGUUACAUCAUGUUGGCGAUCCUUUCUGGGAUCCUAGGGUUUCUCACCGGUAAUUGGUCCAUUUUCCCUUAUGUGACCACGAAGACUGUGGGAAUUGAAAAAUUAGCCCAUGCCUAUGGGAUACUAAUGUUCUUUGCUGGACUUGGAAAUAGCAUUGGACCGCCAAUUGUUGGUUGGUUUUAUGACUGGACCCAGACCUAUGACAUCGCGUUUUUUUUCAGUGGCAUCUGCGUCCUGCUGGGAGGUUUUAUCCUGCUGCUGGCAUCCCUGCCCCCCUGGGAAACGUGCAACAAGCAGCUCCCCAAGCCAGCUCCAGCAACCUUUCUGUACAAAGUCGCCUCUAACGUUUAGAGCAGUAUCGGAAGGCAGUACAAGACUGUUUUUUCAUAGCGAAAUUUCACUGCGGCUGACUCUGAAUGAACUUUUUUUAAAAGACAUAUCCUAGUCUCUAUGUAGCAUCUAUCUCCCAUAUUUCCCCCCCCCUCUUUUUUCUUUUUCCAAGAAGUGGGACUAUUCUGUUUUGCUGUUAUUCAUGAGUUCUUGACAUCGUAAGAAUUUUGACUGUCUUCAGAGGACUCUCUGUGUGUCAAGAAAUAAUUUCUCUGCAGACACCGUUAGUUCCAUUGCAAGACACCCAGAGGCGACUCUUCUGUUUUACAACCGCAGGCGGCGCGAUGAGACCCCUGUGACGGCCGCUGGGGACUGAACACUCUCUUCUCUAGGUUAGACUAGCUAGUGAAUAGAAGACUCUGAGCUAGUCAAGAACUGAAAGUGGUUACUAAACAGCAUUAAGAGCUGCAGUGGAGCAAACUGAUGCUUUUCUUUUUUUAAAGACAUUUUAAAUCACAGUCACCAGUUUUCAUUAUUCUGUUUUACUUACCUUGAUGAAGCACCGCAUGUUUGGUGCCCAUCAAGCAUGAGGUGUUUGCUGAGAUGCAGGCAAUCUCCAAACGGAGGAGUCAUCCCUCUCGCCUUUCUUUGAUGGUUGGCCGCUAUAACCUCGCUCACUUUUGUCUGUUGGCAUCCGUUCAGCCGAUGUUUCCCAGGAAGUGCUGAUUUUACCUAUUUCCAAAUUGGAAAUGCAUAUUUUAACCAUUCCGUUCUGGCAAAUGGGAAACAUCCAUUUGUUUCGGGCACAGUGGGGACAAAUUGCAAGUCCUUGCAUAUCUUCUUGAUUUACUUGCUACUAUCAGAUUUUACCACUAUCACAUUUUAAUUCAAGGGCAGAAUUUAAAAAUGUAUGUGUGUGUGUGUGUGUGUGUGUGUGUGUGUGAUGCUCUGAGUCUGUGUGGAACAUGGGAAGGGGAAAAAGCAAUAAGAAGUUGAUACCCCGAUUCAACUUCAUUCAUUAUUAAGAAAAAUGUUCUGGAAGAAAAUAAAUGUUUAAUAAAUUGACAUUUUUCUAAAUAAAUGUUUUUAAAACUUUUGUAUGCAUCAGAAUCCUCUGUGGGUCCUUUUAAAAAAAAUACCACUCUGAAAAAAAAAACCACUCUGAGAGACUUUAAUUCUGUAGUCUAGGCUGUGGGCCAAGGAUAUAUAUAUAUAUAUA